AUGAGGGAGCUUGGAGUAUGCGAGGAUGACUUUAAUGGAAAUCUCAUUACAGAUGAAGUAGACUUGGCUCUUGAGAACUAUGAAGAACUCUUUGGUUCAGCCUUCAACUCAUCAAGAUAUCUCUUCGAACACGGAGGAAUUGGAAGUCUUUUCGAGAAAGAUGAAGCUCCUGAGGGCUCAAACAAAGGAAACGAAAUGCAGCAGCCUGCCGUAAACAAUAAUGCAUCUGCAGAUUCGUUCAUGACUUGUAGAACGGAGCCAAUAAUUUGCUAUUCAUCAAAGCCUACUCAUUCGAAUAUAUCCUUCUCUGGCAUCACGGGAGAAAGUAAUGCUGGAGAUUUCCAAGAUUGUGGGGCAUCAUCGAUGAAGCAGCUUUUAAGGGAGCCACAACCAUGGUGCCAUCCAACAGCACAGGACAUUAUUGCUUCCUCACAUGCCACAACACGUAACAAUGCUGUUAUGCGCUACAAGGAAAAGAAGAAGGCUCGCAAGUUUGACAAGCGAGUGAGGUAUGUCUCUAGGAAAGAAAGGGCUGAUGUGAGACGGCGUGUGAAAGGACGGUUUGUCAAGUCCGGUGAAGCUUAUGAUUACGACCCAAUGAGCCCAACAAGAAGCUACUGAGGAUAAGACCCCAAAACAAUGAAGAAUCACAAAGUGGAGAUAUCAGACAGAUGCAACUAAUUGGCAGCAGUGGAUCUGGAGGCCAUUAUUGGUUGAUUAGGAACACUCAGUUCUCCGCCUCAAAAGCUUAAUGGUAAGGCGCAUGCUUCUGCUGCCUCAUUUUGCAUAAAGUUUGUUAUCUUCUUCUGUCAUUUGGCUGCUUCAGCAUGACCUUGACACAGUGAAACUCUUCUACAGAUUGAGCUGCAUGAUCCUUAAAUUUUGUUCUAUUGUAAUUUGUGUAGCCAAGGCAAAACAACGAAUGUAUAUUUUUUUUAAUGUCAUAUAAAUAUUAAUCAUGUAGAAGAUUGGAGUAUCAUAGAAGCUAUGUUCUAUAUUUACGGUAUUGGAAAUUAUUACUAACAA